UCGCGCGAGCGGCCGAAAAAGCCGGCGGUGGCACAGGUCGUCCCGCCGAUCCCGCAGCGCCAGAUCCGCGGAACGACGCCGGUCGCGACGCGACUGCGGCGUAGGGUGGUAGCGGGGAGGGGGACGGGCAUCUUUUGGAAAUUGCGUCUUUCCACCCGCGACGGAGCUCUCGCCGAUGGGGCGCAGUGCCGUAACCGGCGCGCGAUGGCGCCCGGAACGAGGGUUAAGGGUACCGGGUCUGCCCUAGCUAACCGAGGCGGCGUGUAACGGGUUCGUUCUCGGGCGUGUAACGGGUUCGAGUCCUCUUUCUCUGUUUCUCGCCCUCUUCUUGAUCUCCUUUCGUUUCCGUCCUAUCGCAGAAACGACGGCGCGUUGUCACGCGAAUACCGUUUUCCCUUUCGUUCGAUAUACAUGCGCGGCAUAAUAAGAGGAUCGAGAGGCGCGCGAAGAAGAGAAAUGCGAUUCGAACUAACUGAACGGCGAUGCGAAUCGGAGCGACGCGCGCGCGCGCGCGCACGCUUUAGUUUAGCCCGGUCGAGGAUCAUCGCGCUCACAUGAUCUCUGAACUCUGACCCUCGAGUUUCGCUACAAAUGACAAUCUUCAGACUCUUCAGAGUAAUCUCUGCGUAAACUUAUGGCAUUGAGGUACUCGCUUCCCGCUAUCACGCGAGCUGAAAUUUCGAGCUUCCGAGAUGUUGAUUCGUGGGUCAUUCCGUUUGUCACCGGAAAGAAAGAAGGCAGGCAAGAAAGAUCGGCGUGCCGAAAAAAAAAUGCGAACGUGUGGCGGGCGGCGCGGCCGCUACGGUCCUGACGGCUCUCGCGACUGUCAGCGAGCGACAGUGCGCCGGACGCUCGCUUGACUCAGGGAGUGCCCGAUGUAAAGUGUAAGUGAAGUGGCCUACAGACCUACAUUUGUCUAACGUUCCAUUUUUUCACGGGUCGACGGGAACGGAAGGUUAACGAAUAUCGCGCGCGUAACCCGUUCGCUCUUUUCCACGGUGAAGCGUGGCGCGUGUGCGGGUGCCUACGAUGCCGCCGUCCCGUGAUAUACCGACGUUUGACUGACAAAACGGACGGAAGAGAGAGACCGAGAGAGAUAGGUAGAUAAAGCAGACGAGGACGGAGUGAGCGGCCAGAGCGAGCGAGCGAGUUAAACCGUGGCGGUGGUGCAGUUUCGAGUGUAGGUGUUCUUCCGAGGAGAAGUGCGAGCGCUCGCGGGAACAACGUGCGGGAGAGGUGGAGGGAAUCCUGUCUGUCCGUUUGUCUUGCCUGUCCGUUUGUCUGUCUGUCCGUCUAUCCGCCGGGACACGCAAGGCCCGGAAUGGCUGCGAGGAUAGGGGACGACGGGGGUGAGAUAUCCGCGACGGUCCUCGACGAUAAUGCCGGCGGCAUCGUGACGACGGCGGGCCCCCUCGCGGAAUCGUCCACGUCGUCUUCGUCCUCCUCCUCCGCCACCGCCGCCGCAGCCGUGGUGCCAACGGUGAUCCUGACGGAGAGUACCGCUACGAGCGCCGGUAGACUGCCCUUGACGGGAUCGCAACAACAGAGCAACCUGCAUCAAGUGCAUCAGCAGCAGCAGCAGCAGCAACAACAACAACAACAACAGUCGCGACAGAGAGUCAACCUGAUCGCCGACGUAGUCGUCAAUGAUGUCGCAGCAAAGACAGACUGGGACAAGUGGCAAGCCAGUUCCGACUCAUUCAAAAUGCAGGUGCUAAACAAAGCGACAAGCGUGAGGAGAAACGGAGUCGAUUAUCUUUCCACAAAUUAUCGAAAGAAUAUUUCUAAAAAAAUACCUGAAGUUUGA